GGAGGCUCCAGCGCUGGCCGCGCGCGGCUACGGGGCCGCCGCCGGUGUGCAGGGGACCCGCCCUCCGCCGCGCUGCUGCUCGCCGCUCCUCCCCCUGCGCGGCGCCCGCCGCCCCUUCCCGGAGCAGACCUGCGCGGGCGACACCCAGGUUUCCUCUCGACCCUGCAUCCAUGGACAUUUGAAAGUGCCACAGUCAGACACUCGCAAGCAUGGAGACCUCUUCGAUGCUUUCCUCGCUAAAUGAGGAGUGUAAGUCUGACAACUACAUCGAGCCCCACUACAAGGAAUGGUACCGACUAGCUGUGGACACUCUGAUCGAACACGGGCUGGAAGCAUACCAAGAAUUUCUUGCCAAAGAACGAGUCUCAGACUUUCUAGCUGAGGAGGAAAUUAAUUACAUUCUGAAGAAUGCCCAGAAGCCCACACAGAGCACUGCACAUGGGGCUGGAACUGAUGGUUCCAGUGAUGACAACUCAUCUUCGGUAACGUACUGGCCCCUGGAAUCGGACGUGGAGCCCCCCAAUCUUGAUUUGGGCUGGCCGUAUGUGAUGCCCGGACUCCUAGGGGGCACUCACAUAGACCUCCUCUUCCACCCACCGAGAGCACAGCUGCUAACUAUAAAGGAAACUAUUCGGAAGAUGAUCAAGGAAGCAAGAAAGGUCAUUGCGUUAGUUAUGGAUAUAUUUACAGACGUGGACAUUUUCAAAGAAAUAGUGGAGGCGUCAACUCGAGGCGUAUCUGUGUACAUUUUACUUGAUGAGUUCAACUUUAAUCACUUUUUCAGUAUGACUGAAAAACAGGGCUGUCAGAUUCAACGUCUUCGGAACAUUCGAGUUCGGACUGUGAGAGGCCAAGAUUAUCUUUCAAAACUGGGAAUAAAAUUCCAUGGAAAAAUGGAGCAGAAAUUUUUGUUAGUUGACUGUCAGAAAGUCAUAUACGGUUCUUACAGCUACAUGUGGUCCUUUGAGAAAGCUCACCUCAGCAUGGUUCAGGUAAUCACGGGCCAGCUUGUCGAGUCCUUUGAUGAGGAAUUCAGAACUCUCUACGCCAGGUCCUGUGUUCCCAGCCCAUUUGCCCAGGAGGAGCUGUCGAGGUCCAGGCAAGGCAGUGUGCCCUGGGAGAACGGCAUGUGUCAGCGCUCGGUUUCUUCCUUAGCUUCCAUUUCCAGCCAGAGAAACUUUUUUGGAAGACAAGACAAAAUUCAUAACCUGGAUUCUAGUUACUACAAAGGCAGGGGGAUCUAUGCCCUCAAUGAGUAUGACAAGUAUAGCAUCAGAAAUCACGGAUACAAACCUCAUUUCGUGCCAAACUUUAAUGCUCCAAGUACAGUGCGUCAGUUGCAACCAAGUCAGAAAAAUGAAAACUGGAAAAGGCAUAGUUACGCUGGGGAGCAGCCGGAAACAACACCCUACCUGCUGCUUAACCGGGCUCUGAAUCGAGCCAAUAACCUACCUGGGAGCUGGAAAAGGCCGUCAGAUAGCCUCAGUGUAGCGUCUUCCUCGCGAGGGGGCUAUGCAGGCCUCUACAACACGCCUGCCCAGAGCUUUGCAGACCGGCUCGCCCAGAGGAAGACAGUCAAUCUCCCCGAAAGGAAUUCUAACGUGCGCAGGUCUUUCAAUGGGACAGACAAUCACAUUCGCUGUUUGCAGCAACGAAUGCCAACCCUGGAGCACACCACCAAGUCAUUCCUGCGCAGCUGGAGGAUUGAGUCCUACUUAAAUGAUAAGUCAGAAGCUGUGCUGGAUUCAAAUGGUUCGGCCUUAGGCGAGCGCUGCGAAGGCUGUGAGGGUCCUGAGAACCUGAAAACCAGCACCCCUUACACGCAUUCUCGCCUUCGUUCCUCUUUUGCAUUUAAGCCAACUUUACCUGAGCAGCAAGAAGUUAACAGCUGUACGACGGACUCUUCAAAUUCAACCAUCAUUGGUUCCCAGGGAAGUGACACACCUAAGAAGGUCCCAGACACCCCUAAGGAUGCACAGCGUUUGACACAGAAACCUCAGCCCGAAUCAGGUCCCAAGACCCUGACACAGUCAGAGGCACCAAAACCCCUCAUGCUGCCAGUUCCUGAACACCAGUCAGUAGUUUUAAACCAAGCAGCAAAGAGCCACACAGAAGCAAACCACUAUAUGCAUGCAGGCUUGAGUGUCGAUAAGCAGACAGAAAAACUCAAGAGUCAACAACAGGAAAAUCUGCUUAAAAGACGAAGUUUUCCAUCCUUUGACCACUCAAAAUCCAAUUUAGGUCAUGGAAACAGUAAGAAUUAUGUAUAUAGUACACUCACAAGGAAUCAAGUUAGACAACCAGAAAAACCCAAAGAGGAUUUGCUGAAAAGCUCUAAAAGUAUGCACAAUGUGGCCCAAAACCUAGUAGAGGAGGAGGCGGCCAGGAGGGUCCCCGCUGGCAGCACCGCUACCAAGUCCGUUUCCAUUGCUGCUUUACUUGAUGUGAAUAAAGAGGACCCUAAUAAGGAACUCACUUCAAAGAAAGACGUCAAGGGAUCUCCGAGUUUUUUGAAAAAGGGAUCUCAGAAGUUAAGGUCCUUACUUAGCCUUACCCCAGAAAAGAAAGAAAAUCUAUCCAAAAAUAAAACAUCUGCAUUCUACAGAAUGUGCAGUAGCUCCGACACAUUAGCGUCCGAGGGUGGAGAGAAUCAAAAACCAAAGAAAUCAGAACGCAAAGCUGAUUUGUCUCCCAGAAGGAAGCAUUCUUCUUCAUCAAACUCGCAAGGCAGCCUCCACAAGAGUAAGGAAGAUGUAACGACAGUCUGCCCAUCUCAGGACAUCACUUCUCCAUCAGAUGAAGGCAAUAGAAUAAUACCUUCUCCAAGUCCAACUGGGAGAAAGUUCUUGGAGAAGGAAGCCGAUGCCUCCACCCCACGAUUUAACACUGAGCAGAUCCAGUACCGGGAUUCAAGGGAAAAUCGUGGGGUUGUCGCUCCUGAAAGAAGAUUAACCUCUUCCCCAAGGCCGAAGCCCAGCGAGCUGCUGAGGUCUCACUCCACAAACCAGCGUGUUUAUAGUCGUUUUGAGCCAUUUUGUAAGAUCGAGAGCGCCUUUCAGCCAGCAGGCAAUGUUCCAAACGCCAGUCUAAACCACCCAGAAAGAAAAUGCACAUCUAUAGGCAACAGUUACGGCAGGUCCAGCCCAAUGCUUAAUUACAAUGCUGGUGUUUAUCAGGCAUAUCAACCCAACGAAAACAAGUUUCGAGGGUUUAUGCAAAAGUUUGGGAACUUCAUACACAAAAACAAAUGAAAUACUACGAUCUCAGUUAGCCAUGUGACUACUGAUGUUUGCCCAGGGAAUGCUGCAGAAAGUUUUGUACUGUGCCAGCAGACUUCUUAGGUACAGACUGUGGAACAAUGUUCAUGUUCUCCAGUGCAUAGUGUAGUGUACAGCAAAGUGACCAUUUCACGUGCUAAAAUUAGUUACACUUAAUUUCUCAGAGAUGGACUUUCCUUGUAAACUUUUUAAGUGGUAAUGGUAAAAAGGAAAAAAAAAAGAUGUGGUUAAACUAUUUUCUUCAUACUGAGACUUAAGUGUUUAAUUAGAAACUCUAGUGAAAAUAUAGUGUAUGGAUUUUAACCAUUCAUUCCAAAGUCCUUCCUCUUAAAAAAGUGUCAUAUUUCUGAAGUGAUGCUUUAUAAUACAUGUUUGUGGUGUUUUCAUAAUUUUCAAAAAAUAUAAGAAACAGGACAAAGCUUUUUAAAUUUUUAACUAAUUUUAAAUUCUACAGGAUAACUUGUUAUAUUUUUAAUAUUUUAUGAAUGUUUUCUAUGGAGCAUUUUGUACCUGUGUGGGCAAGAAGGGUAUCAUUGAAACUUUAGCUCAACACUCCAGCAAAGUGAAACAGUGUCAUCCCCACCUCCCCACACCCUGUCCCCACAGUGACAGGCACAGAGCGCUCUUCAGAUCCUUGCAAAGCGUCUCAGGCAGCGCCUCUCUCCUGACUGGGCCCAGAAGCCCACCUGUGCUCUCCCAGCAGCUGUCCAUCUUCUGCAAUUAUUUGCUUCUUCAAAUUGACAAGAAGCAGAAAUUUGGAACACAUGGGUUAUUUUUAGCCUUUGUAUCUAAUAUAUCAAAACCUGCAAGAGAUAUAAGUUUCUGUCUAAAUUUUUAUUGUAAAUUAACAUACUGAGAUGUUUUACUUGCAAAAUGGUUUGUUCUUUUUCAAUUUGAGCCAAAGAGUGUGUCAAAGCCUAGGGUGAUAAAGAAUGAGCAGAGAAUGCUCCCACACUUAAUAUAACCUGGUCAUUUUUCAGCUGCCUGGAUCUUAAUUUGUUGAUGACAUUCAAAUUAGAAGAUACUCUAAUUUGAAGAUACUUUGCCUUACUCACAGAAAUGAAAUAAAAAUUUUAUAUACAUUA